GUCGCGAUCGGGCUUGUGUUUAUCUCAAACAAUAAAGGUAAAUGGUCUUAACAUAGGCUGCAUGAACCCGGGUCGGCCGGUAUAAAAGCUUCGGCAAAGUUACCACCGAGCCCUCAGUUUCUCGAGCAUCCAUAUCGUUGUGUUACAUCAUCCAGCCUCUCAGGACAUCAAACACAAUGCUCGCCGAGCUAGUAGCAGCAGUAACGUUCUUGGGAACCCAUCUCCCUCCUACCACAAGCCCAGAAAACCGCUCAACCUUCCAAUCGACGCUCCAACAGCACAUGCAGCGCAAGUUCCUACAACAUUGGGAUUCCGCCCACCCCAGUAAGGGCAACGGAUUCCGCGCGAUCUCUUUCUCCGGCAACCGGCCCGACCCGCUAGUGAUAGCCGCCGGGGCCACGAUCGGCAUGGCCGAGGCGGAGUUCGCGCGCAUAUUCCCGGAGGAUCUGGUCGUUUGGGUGGAUCCCGGGUCGGUGUCCUACAGGAAUGGGGAUCGCGGACCGGCGGUGUCCAUAUGGGAGAGAACGAAUGCUACCACCCCAACGACGACGACCGCCGCGCCGCAAAAGAAGGGAUACCCCACGAAAGCGGCCACGGGUGCUAUGAGAGGACAGGCUAUACUAGUAUCGUGAUCAGAGUAGUGUGCGCUUUUUCAUCUGAACGUUUGCGCUUGUGCUUAGUGCUUAGACACAGUAUUAUGUUUUGGCUUGUGCCUCCUUGUAAAUUGCUCUAAAACCUCAAAUCUGAAGACUACAACGUGGCGCU